AUGCAGAAAUAUAAUUCAUUGCCAAAAUUGUGCAGCACUGUAAUCGAUUGGCAAGAGAAGUUUUGCGAUCGCAGCCAACUUAAUUUGACGCAUCAUCAUCUGUCAAGCUAUUUGCACAAUUGGAAAAUUAAAAAUGAAUUAUCAAGCAAAGAGUUUGUUUGUGUCAAACAAAGAAAUGUUUCUUUCCGAUAGCAACAACAAUAGCGAUGCGGAUAGUUUGUACAACGAGGUGCACGAGACUCUGCCACCGUUAACAUAUCACGAAUUGCCGCUGCUGGCGGCAAAUUGCUCGGAGUACGCCGUUGCCCAUUCAAAUGGGAAUUUGCAGCCGGCGCGUAACAUGAACGAGGUGUGCUUCUUGCCGCACAUACAAGAGAGCAUGCGUCGUCUGCGUCUCGUGCAAUUGCUGCGCCUGCAGAGCUAUGCGUGGCCACAUUUGGGACAGGGAGCCGGAUAUGGCGCUGUGAUUGUGAGUGCGCCGAAAAGUGGGCGGACGUUGAGCUAUGUGCCGCCCCUCUGCCAGCUGGUGUGCAGCGAACUGCAAGAGCAACGUUGUCGUCAACAUCGCUGGAAUCUGCAUGGACCCAUUGCGCUGGUGGUCGGCGCUGACUUGACGCGUCUCCGGCAAAUUGGUGCGUUGUGCAAUGCGAUGCUGCGCAAGGGCAGAAACGAGGAGUGGUUGACGUUGGUGCUAACGGUAUCAUCGGCACGCUCCGUGGAGUUCUUUCAGCGACUGCUCAACGGCGUCGGUUGUCUGCUUGCGACGCCAGCUCAGUUUUUGUGGCUAUGCGAGAAUAAUAUCACAUUGCCAUCUUUGAGAUUUGUCGCCUAUGAUGAUGUGGAUUUAAUGCCGGGCGAGCAGCUGCAGCAGGCUCACAAACAACUGCUCGGUCUGGUCAAGCAGCAAGCUCCGCAGCUGGUGAUCACCACGCAAUCCUAUAAACCACAAUUGCUGCGCAUGCUGCACGAAUUUAAUGCACAUCGCCUGCUUCUGUUCGGGGAUGUGCUCGAGGCUGCUAUUUAUGGCGGCGCUCGCAUGCGCAUUGAUCUUCUCAAGCGGGAGGAUAAACAGCAGAAGCUGUUGCAUCUGCUCGAACAGCGACCACCGCAUCUUCUACGCACCGUUAUCAAUUGCCAAACAGAUGCGGAUAUAUGUGAGCUGAUGGAGAUGCUCGAGGCACAUGGCUAUCGCUGUCUGCCUUACUAUCAGACAGCUGAUCUAACUGUGCGUGAGCAUGUGCAUCGCUGGAUGCAGCAGACACGCGGCGAGCUGCUGCUCCGGACCGAUCACUGUCCCGAGCUGGAUAUACGGCAUGCGCACACCCUGCUCCACUACAGCAUGAGCGAUACAUGGAGUAAGUUCAAGUUCAGGCAUCUCACGUUGGCCGACAAUCUGCGCAAUUGCUUCAAGGAUAGCCAAUUGGAAGUGGAGUCAAAGCAAGGCGCUGAGCGGCACUUGGAGCAGAAAUCACUACUUUCACUGGUUUUCCUGGACGAGAGCAACAACAAUCAGUUGCCACGUCUCGUGAACUUUCUGCAAAUGCAUCAGGCGGUGGAUGAGCGCGUGGUGCAACUGGCACGUCAAAUACGCGAUGAGCAGGAGCGCUCCAAGUGCAAUGAGCCGGCGCUGUGUGAUCUGCUGCUGAGUUUGGGCGAUUGCAAGGAUAGGCAGUGCGAGCAGCGCCAUCAGCUGGUGCCCUGGGAUCGUCAACUCUGCGCCCAGACGCCAGCCAGUGGCGAUGUGAAACUGCAACUGAUCCGUGUCUAUUCGCCAGCGCAUUAUUGCGUACGUGUGUUGGAGCACUUGCCGCCGGGUGGCAACUGGCAGCCUGUGCCGCGUCAGGCAACGCUCGAGCUGCAGCUGCAGCUGUUGCAGUCGCAGGAGUGUGUGCGUCAUUGGCCACCGGUGGCCAAAGAAAUAUGCGUUUAUCGCAAUGCUAAUGGCUAUGAACGUGUGCGAAUUUUGCGCGUGGCACCCAUCACCCAAGUGAAUCUCUCACGCACCGAUAUCGCUGUGGAGGUGCAAGCGAUGGAUGUGGACACGCGACAGUUUAAGACAACAAGCGGCAAGUUGUACAUCUGCCCCGAGCAACUGCGCGACAAGCCAGCCUUAACGAUUGAUCUGCGCAUACUUGGCUUGGUGCCUUUCGCCGGCGAACGCAGCUGGCAUGCGGCGGAUGGCCAGCAGUGUGGCAAGUGGUUAGAUGCUGUGCCCCAGCCCAAUUUCCUGCAGGCCAGCAUUGUUGUGUCAUUGAUGCACACACUCUUUGUGCAGGACUUGGCUGCGACGAGCUAUGCGCCCAGCUUGAAGAUGCAUGUGCGCCGAUUUACGAUGUGUGCUCAGCUCAAGCGCGAACAAUUGGCCAAAAAAUGUGAGCUGGCAAUUGCAAGACUUAUGGAAUUUUUGGAAAGAGACAAAGAUUCUCAGGCAGUUGUCGAACCGGAGCCCGUGCAUCCACCAAGCAACGUGGUUAAAUUGGACACCAUGGAACCACUCACGGGCAGAUGUGGCUACUUUGUAAAAAUGGCAAUGCAGUUGGGCAAAGAGAAUCGAUUGCGCCAGGAGCGGCAACUACUCAAACAGGAGUCAACGGAGACAAAGCCUGCAAAGCCAGAGUCUGUGGACAGCGUUGAAGCCCUAUACAGUUGCCUAAUGAACUGCACACUGUUGGAGCUAACCGAGGAGCAACAGAAGCAGCCACAAAGCGAUGUGCCCCAAACUCUGCUCAAUCAAAUCAUGUUGACGGACAUGGAGCUUCCAGAGUUAGAUCAACGACCUGUGACUGCGGCUGUUCAGGACAAGCUGGAGAAAGUCAUGACUCAUGGAGAAACUCAUGAUAUUCAAUAUCAGAUGCCGGCAAAUAUUCGACGCCCCAAGGUGAUUUACUAUCAGACGCGUUGCACGCUUGAGUUGCAGAUUAUAUUGCCUGAGGCGGAAAUGGAAUAUGAGGCAGUACUGCAAAAUGGUUCUUGCAUUGCAUUCUGGACAAUUGCUGAGCCCGUUUAUCAGUUUACAUUGAAUACCCAUUGUCCAUAUCAGCAGCUGAGUCAUCAUAUGCAGGGACGCACUGUCUAUUUGAGCAUACUCAAAACACUGGCUGUCAUUUAUCCACUUGAUUUUGGUUUCUAUCGAUUUAUGCACGCACAUCAUGAGAAACUGCAUCUUUUGGAAGAGGCGCGUCGUGCUCGAAUUGCUAAUUUUGAAGCUCACCUCCUGCACAAGGGUUACAUUAAGGGCAGAGUCAUCAAGCGUGUAAAUAGCUCGGAUGAACUGAGUAGCGGAGAUCAGGAUGAAGAUCAGUCAUAUGAUCCUCGCCAAGAGCAUGUGGAACGCGCUCGUGGCAAUAAUGAAUUGAAUUCUGAUUAGGUAUUCGUGCAGGAAAUUUCUCCUUUUAUACCAUUUAAUCAUGUUUAGUUGUAUUUAAAUUUUACUACAUUUGAUUAUGGAUAUUUGCCAUAUAUGAAUUCAUUUUCCUAUUAUUUCUGCAACAUUAAGCAAACUGACUUUCAAGAACU